AUGACUGUAGAGACCACCAAGCCCACCUUCCCCGCCGACGCGGCAUCGAAAGAAUAUGCCGCUUCUCUCGAUGCGGCGGAGCCUUUGACUAAGAUGAGAGAGGAGUUUAUCAUUCCCUCCAAGGCCAACCUUGCAAGCAAGAAGCUGGCGAAGCCUGGUCUCUCUUCGGAGUCCAGCAUUUACUUCUGCGGAAACUCGCUGGGUCUCCAGCCCAAGGCUGCGUCCAAGUACAUGGAAGCGCAGCUCGACACAUGGGCAUCCAUCGGUGUCUGUGGACACUUUACUGAUCUCGAGGAUUCCCCGCUCUCGCAGUGGCAGUUGCUAUCCGACCAGGCCGCAAACUCCAUGUGCAAGAUUGUUGGUGCUGAGCGCGCUGAAGUAGCUGCAAUGGGCACCCUGACGAUGAACUUGCAUCUGUUGCUGGCUAGUUUUUACAAGCCGACUGAGACGAAGCGCAAGAUCCUGAUGGACUGGAAGGCGUUCCCCAGUGACCACUACGCCAUCGAAUCCCACCUUGCAUGGCAUGGCCUUGACGCCAAGGAGAACAUGGUCCUUAUUGGUCCAGAUGAGGGGCAGUAUGAGAUCUCCACCGAGAAGAUCCUCUCUUACAUUGAUCAGCAUGUGCAUGAUGCUGCACUUGUUCUUUUGCCUGGAAUCCAGUACUACACGGGCCAGCUGUUCGAUAUCCCGCGGAUCACCAAGUACGCGCAGGAGCGCGGGCUUAUCGUUGGCUGGGAUUUAGCGCACGCUUACGGCAAUGUGGAGAUCAAGCUGCAUGAGUGGAAUGUCGAUUUUGCAGCCUGGUGCACAUACAAAUACGGUAAUGCCGGUCCUGGCGCUAUGGCCGGUCUCUUUGUGCAUGAGCGUCAUGGACAAGUUGAUUACAGUGAAGGUGAAGAUAAGCCAAAAUUCCGCCACCGGUUGACUGGGUGGUACGGCGGUGACCGAUCUGUGCGGUUUAAGAUGGAUAACAAAUUCAAGCCCAUCCCCGGCGCUGGGGGCUUCGUGAUCUCCAACCCCUCCGUCAUUGACUUGACAACUCUCUGCGCUUCAUUGUCCGUCUUCGACAAGACAAACAUGGCAGCCCUGCGCCAGAAGUCAAUUAAGAUGACCGCAUACCUGGAGUAUCUACUUCUUAAGGAUACCACCGACGAGAACCGUCAGUUCCAGAUUAUUACCCCCUCAGCUCCCACUGCUCGUGGAGCUCAGCUCAGUCUUCUCUUGAAGCCUGGCCUGCUUCACAAGGUGGCUGAGCGGUUGCAAGACGCAGGCAUCAUUUGUGAUAAGCGCGAACCGGAUGUUGUCCGUGUCGCUCCCGUGCCUCUUUAUAAUACGUUUUCGGAAGUGUUCCGGUUCGUGGAGGUGUUCAAGUCUGCUUUGGUGGUGUAG